AUGGAGAGAAAAGCGGAUGUUAAAGAAAUUGUCAACGACGCAAUCGCUUAUGAAAAUUCCCUCUUGAGCAGAGGUCGUUCCAGGGCACUGUCGACGCCAUCAAUUUGCCGGGAUGACUCGACAUUGAAAAUCAAAAAAGAAGAAGACGUUGGAAAUCUACGAGACUCAGAAAGAAGAAGCCCUCCUAGAUUUAGACGAUUUCCGCCGCCGACAAAACGGAGGGAUCGGCAAACAAGAGGGGGCUCAUUGUCUCGCUCCCAGCAUCAUCGAAAUCGCCGCCGAGAAGGGUCAGUCUUCUCUCGUCUUGGAACUAUUCAUAGAAAUCGCCGCAACAAAGGGCCAAGAAGAAGAUUUCGUCAACGACACAAACCAUACGAUAGCCUUUCAAGAUCAGAAGACAAUCUUUCUGUAAAAGUACUGCAAGCUCGAAAAAUGGCAUUGUCGAUUCAGGAGCAUCGAGAAAAGACGAAGAUUAUUGAGAAAAAGAUGAAUGAUGAAAAGAAUAUCCUUGAUGAGGUUUACGCUCGUCUACGAAAACUCAAACGCCAAAAAGAAGACAAUGAGCGCGAUCGUGGAAAUUACGAAUGUCGCUUCGAGCGAUUGUGCGCAGAACUACGAUUGAAGGACAUUUACUGGAAUGGCGACUUCCGAGCUCCUAUUUUCAAGCGCCCCGACGAUGGGCCUGAUGAUUCCAGUCUCCUUGAAGAAUCAGAAGAAGACGGAGAACUGCUUGAUGAUGAUGAUGACGAUGAUGAAGACGAGUGGUCCGACGAUGAGACAUUUACUGACGGUCCUGAUGACUGA